AUGGAUAAAUGCGUAUUUAUCUCUUAUGUUUUAGAUAAGACAUGUCAAUUCUCAUUUCGGCGACUUGGUAAAAGUUCAAUUGUUCAUGAUGCUAAAUUACGAUCUCUUGCUGUCGGAGAUUUCAAUAAUGAUAAUCAAACAGAUGUUGUUGUGACUGCUUCCGGUACACACAACAUUUUGGUAGUUCUUUUUUCUGAUAAUGCAACCUCUGCGACAAAUAAUACAUAUUCGACCGGUACUGAAUCCCUUCCUUACUGGGUGGUUGUCGAUGAUUUGAAUAGUGAUGAUUGUCUUGAUAUUGCUGUUGCUAAUUAUAAUAGUCAUAAUAUUAAAAUAUUUCUUGGAUAUUGUAACGGGACAUUUAUUAAUUCAACGACAUUAUCAACUGACUCUGCUCGUCCAAUAUUUAUCAACAUUGGAGAUUUCAACAAUGAUAACAAAUCUGAUAUAAUAACUGCUAAUUAUGGAACCAAUUCUAUUGGUAUAUUUUUUGGACAUGGUAAUGGAUUAUUUGAAGAUCAAGAAAUAUAUUUCACUGGCUAUGAUUCCAGCCCACGAUCAUUAGCUAUCGGAGAUUUCAAUAAAGACAAUUAUCUAGACAUCGCUGUUGCAAAUUAUGGUACGAAUAACAUCGGUAUUCUAUUUGGAUUCGGUAACAGAAGCUUCACAAAUCAACAAAUUUAUACAACUGGUCCGAACUCAAAUCCAAUUUCUAUUGCAAUAGGAGAUUUUAAUAAUGACCAGAAUUUAGAUAUUGUUGUAGCCAAUUAUGGUAUUGGCAAUAUUGGUAUAUUUCUUAAUCAUAAUAAUGGUACUUUUACAUCACAAAUCACAUAUUUAGUUGGUGUAAACUCUCAUCUAGAAUACGUUACAGUGGGUGAUCUUGAUAAUGAUAACGCAUUGGAUAUUAUAACGGUUGAUUCAAAUAAUAAUCAAGUACAUGUUUUUCCCGGAUAUGGGAAUGGAACCUUUGCUAAAAUAGCUACAUAUGAUAUAGUAGGUGGAUCUUAUCCUAUUGCAGUCGCUAUUGCUGACUUUAACAAAGACAACCAAUCAGAUAUGGCUAUGAUUGAUUAUGAAACUAAUAAGUUGCUGAUACUUGAAGGAUAUUCCAUAAUGCCAUCCACAAGAUCGAAAAGAUAUCUAUUAAUAGCUUCAGCACAUCCGAGUACAGUUGCUAUUGCUGAUUUUAAUAAUAAUAAUCAACUCGAUAUAGUCGUUAAUGGUUACGACAACAGUGGUGUACGCUUAAUGUUUGAUUAUAAUAAUGGAAAUUUUCUGAAUGAAAUAUCCUAUUGGACUGGGAAUAACUCUCGUCCACAAUGUAUCUAUGCUAUUGAUUUGAACAAUGACAACCAGAUAGAUAUUGUCACUGGUAAUUCAGGUUCUGGUGGCAUAAGCGUUCUUCUUGGACAUGGCAAUGGAAACUUUACAACUGCAGCGAUAUAUUCUGCAGGCAUAGGUUCAAUGCCAAGUCGCAUCGCUGUUGGUGAUAUCGAUAAUGACAAUCAUUUAGAUAUUGUUUCUGCUAAUGGAGAGAGUAGUAGCAUAGGUAUUUUUUAUGGGUAUGGUAAUGGAAGCUUUUCCUCUGUGACAAUAUAUUCUACUGUUAUCGGCUCAUAUUCAUGUGCAAUAGCUAUUGGUGAUAUCAAUGAUGACGGUCUAUUAGAUAUUGUUGUCUCUAUUACAAAUCCUGGCGGUUUACUUUUCUUUGUUAAUCAUAACAACAGAGAUUUUAGAAUGAUAGAAUUUUAUUCAACUGGCUCCCAAUCAACUCCUUACUCAAUUGCUCUAGCUGAUUUCAAUCGUGAUAAUCGAUCAGAUGUCGUCAUCGCUAACACGGAUUUCAAUGAAAUGCGUGUUCUGAUGGGAUAUGGUAAUGGGACAUUUAGUAAAGAAAGGACUUAUCCAACUGGUUCUGAGUCUCAACCGUACGUCGUUAUUGUCACUGAUUAUAACCAUGAUGAUCAACUAGAUAUUAUUAUCUCAUGUUUUCGCAAUGGUCAUAUACUUAUCUUUUUCGGACAUGGCAAUGGAGAUUUCAAACUUGAAAGAACGUAUUCUAUUGGUAGUGAUGCUAAUCCAUAUGGUCUCGCUCUUGCCGACUUUAAUAAUGAUAACCAGUUCGAAAUUGUUGUAACACUUUGGGGUAACGGAUAUGUGGCGAUCCUAACUGAGUAUUAUGCGGUGAACUUUGAAAAACAAAUAAUGUAUCGGAUCGAUUAUGCUCCAAAACCGUAUUCAGUAGCUGUUGGUGAUUUCAAUAAAGAUAAUCAAUCAGAUAUUGUCCUCGCUAAUUCAGGAUCUGAUACUAUAAAUGUACGUAUUGGUUUAGGUAAUGGUACAUUUGAAAAACAAAUCAUGUACUCGGUUUCUACUGGUUUACAUCCACAAUAUGUCAAUACUGCUGAUGUUGACAAUGACGGUAUUCUUGAUAUAGUCACUGCUGAUACAAGGAGUAAUUGUAUCAGUGUGAAUCUAGGAUAUGGUAAUGGAAGUUUUAAACCACCACAAAGAUACUUUACAGGAUCUGGUUCACUUCCAUGUUCAUUCGUAUUUGUUGAUCUCAAUAAUGAUACUCGACUAGACAUAAUCACUACUAAUGAAGGCACAGAUAAUGUAGCGGUAUUUUUUGGUUAUAACUAUGCAACAUUUUACAACCAAAGAGUAUAUCGAGCGAUAGAUAAUUUUGGAUCACGUGCAGCCGUCGUGGGCAAUUUCAAUAAUGAUAAAUAUCUAGAUGUUGCUGUUGUUUUUUAUACGACUAAUAAUUUGGGUAUUUUUCUUGGAGAUGGUAAUGGAAGUUUCAACACUCCGUUAAUAUUUUCAACUACAAUGAAUUCAAAUCCAUAUUCGUUGGUUGUCAGUGAUGUUAAUAUGGAUGGCCAAUUGGAUGUGAUAGUAACUAACACGGGUACUGAUAAUAUUGGUAUUUUUUUAGGAUAUGGCAAUGGAAGUUUUGCUGAUGUUAUGACUUUCUCAACUGGAACGAGUUCUAUGCCAUGUUCAGUUGCUGUAGCUGAUUUUACAAAUGAUGGACUAAUAGAUAUAGUUGUGACUAAUAUUGGUACUCAUGAUAUAGGCAUUUUUUAUGGAUAUGGCAAUGGCAGUUUUGCUGAGAUGGUUUCUCACCGAAUCGAUGAUAAUUAUUUUGCAGAAGUGGUCAGGAUUGCUGACUUCAACAAUGACAAUCAAGCAGAUAUUGUUGUUGUUAAUUCUCAUGCUAAUAGUAUUGGCAUCCUCCUUGGAUAUGGUAAUGGUAGCUUUGCAAAACAAGUUAACUGUUCAACAGCUUAUGGCACUCAACCAAUGUGGGUAGCAUUAGGAGACUUCAAUAACGAUAAUAAACUUGAUAUAGUCACUGCUAAUCGUGAUGAUAAUAGCAUGAGUAUUUUUAUUGGACAUGGAAACGGAUCUUUUGAUGAUCCUGAAACGUAUCCUGUUGGUUCUGGUUCUAGACCACUUUAUGUUGAUAUUGGUGAUUUCAAUCAGGAUAGCAUAUUAGAUAUUGCUAUUGUCAAUUACGGAACAAACCAAAUUUCUGUACAUUUUGGAUUAGGAGAUGCAACCUUUUUACAGGGAGAUCUAUAUUCAACAGGUAGUGGAUCUCAACCGAAUACAUUAGCGGUUGGUGAUUUCAAUAGAGAUGGUCAGUUAGAUAUUGUUGUUGCUAAUCCUGGAUCCGACACUAUUGGUGUGUUUCUCGGAUCUGGUACUCAACCCUAUGCAAGGGCAAAAGUAAGACGCCCUGAUAUCGGAUCGCAGCCGCACUUCGUUACUGUAGGAGAUUUCAACAACGACGGUAUUUUCGAUGUUGCUUUAGCUAAUACUGGCAAAAACAAUGUAGGUAUUUUCAUUAGACUUCCGAAUGAAAUUUUUGAUGAUAUGGUGGCAUAUUCCGUUGGGGUCGAUUCUGCUCCAUCCUUCCUUGCAGUUGGAGACUUGAAUAAUGACAAUCACUCAGACAUUGUUGCAACCAAUUCAAAAACUGACAACAUCGCCGUUUUUCUUGGUUAUGGUAAUGGUACAUUCAGAACUGCAACAUUCUAUUCCACAGGAGAUCAUUCUCUUCCAAGCGCAGUUGCCAUAGUCGAUUUAAAUAAUGAUAACGUAUUAGAUAUUGCCAUUGCAAAUGCUGGCACAAAUACCAUACUUUUAUUGUACGGAAAAGGUGAUGGAACAUUUGGUAAUGAAGAAUUACAUGUAUUAGGUUAUAACUAUCGUCCUUAUUCAAUUGCUGCCACAGAUUUAGAUCAUGAUGGUUUGGUGGACAUCAUUAUAGCGUGUUAUGGCACAGAUGAUGUAGAGAUUCUAUCAAAAAUAUGUUAA